AUGGCUGUCUCCAUGCCUGACGAAGUCCUCUUUACAAAGGCCGUCUCUGGGUAUCGGGAUUUCUUCAUGGGCCAGCAUCCGGAACUUUCUGAGGCGCAAAGGAAUCAGCUCUGGAGUCAGUACCUCGGCCAGUUCCUCGUCUCCAAUACCAGCUGUGAAGGUGGCCAUUCCGCCCCCGAGCCGGGCUUCCUCGACAACGGUGCUUGCCAUCUGCUGAACUCUGGGAAACGGCCUCGUCCGGAUACUCCAAGGACCCUCCCCGAUCUUGGGCUUCCACCUUCAAAACGACGUGCCACCAACCCGGAAGCUCCAGUCAUUGACCUGACGCGCGACCUCUCGAAUGCAUCCUCUCCAGCCAGCAUCGUGUCGCCCACCCGGCCUCUGCGCAGAUCGUUGUCUUCUCGGAAGGACAGCAACUAUCACUACAACCGCUCUCCACGCUCGAAUCAGACUGGAUCACAUACGGCUAUGGUUCGCUCGCACACAGUGCAGGUGCCUGCCUCGAAUUGGCAGUCCUUGACCUCUUCGGUUCCUGGAAUGCAGCCAUCUUAUGGAUUCCACUGUUCCCAGCAACCCCGCUUCGACCACGUUAGUGAAUAUUCUCCCGCUGAAUAUACCAAGCAACACCUGAACGACGUCCAGCGCCCAACUGGUGUUUCUGCACUCUCCCAGGCUUUGGCGGCUGAACAGCAGGGGCCUCCCGAGGUAUUCACGAACAUCGAUGGAUUGCCUGGUUAUACCGAUCAGUCGGCCGAUGCCGUCGAUAUGAGCCGGACGGAUACGGCAGAGUCCCUCUGCGGUGCUGUCAACAUGUUCCGUUUCAACUCAUCGAGCGGAUCGAAUUUGGAUUCAACAUUUGCCUAUCCCUUUUCUACUUCGGCUGAGUUCGCUACCUCGUUCACACCUGCUCUUCCCUUGGGCUUCUCCAGCUCUGCCCCCUCCGCCAUCACCACUGAGACUGCGAUCACUGCUCCUGCCAUGCCGUCUUCAUCGCCCUCCGCUGCAGUGGACAUGCAGCCUACUAUGUCCACCGAAAGCAAUAGCUCUUCGGCCUCCCAGCAGUCGAGGGCCGCACGUCGGACGCAAGAACAGAUCGUGCAAGGGACUCGCCCGAUUGCACCCAAAGUUGAGUUGAGCGACGGUCGCGUGGCUGAGUCGCAACCCCAGGAGACUCCCAAACUGCCCCAGCAGCAGCACAAAAUGAUCCGCAUUUCCUCCUCUGAUGGAACUGCUAAGGAGGUGGCUGCUAUUCCCAAGGCCUCGAUUCAGCGCCCUCCGCGUCCCAAGACGUACUGCAACAUGUGCAACGACCAGCCUGAUGGCUUCCACGGCGAGCAUGAGCUGCGCCGUCACAUCGAACGGGUGCACUCUGUGGUUCGCAAAGUGUGGGUCUGCGUUGACAUCUCGCCCGACAAGACCUUCCUGGCCAACUGCAAGGCCUGCCGCAACGGCAAGCGCUACGGAGCCAACUACAACGCGGCUGCUCAUCUGCGUCGUACCCACUUCAAUCCCUGCCAACGUGGUCGGGGUGGUCGUGGCAAAGACAGCGAGAAGCGUGGUGGCAAGGGCGGUGGGAAUCAUCCGCCCAUGGAGGUUCUGAAGCAUUGGAUGAUCCAGAAGGAGGAGAUUGUCUAUGAGAAUGCUCAGAACUAUCUCGACGCGGAGGGACUGGGUGAGGAUCUGGUUACUAGCACUGCUGCCCCCGUUGCUCCUGGUGUCACUGCUGCCACUGCUGCCGCGCCUGUCCCUACCUUGCAAAAUGACACGGCGUUCGGCGAAUUGUCGAUGCCCCAGGCAAAUCAGAAUGCGAACUCGGGCUUGGAGUCGACCCUGAUGAGCACGGGAUACGAUGUGUCUAUGCCUCCCUUGCCGGCGACGGGCUUGGAUCUGUCGUUGGAUGCCCCGUUUUACUUUGAUACUCCGCAAAUUCCCGAGAUUGAGAGCCUUGCGAUGUGA